AUACAAUUUUAUUUAUUUGUGAGAGAUUUAUCAUAAAUGUGAUCCAACUUGCCUAAUCAGGCCAUUUUUUUUGUGAAGAAAUCGCUAAGCUAUUUUCUAUACAAUGGAAAUUUGUAUCUGUGUAUGUGAAAUGAUUUGUAUCGAGCCACAUCAAAUGAUUCAACCUUGUAGUUACCCCAUACGUCAAUAUGAAAAAGUUCAAAACUAGAAGCAGUCGUUUGCUUCGGGGAUUUGGUUGAUGGGUUUGGCACCCAAAUCCCAAGCAUCAAGGACUUGACACAAAUCCAUUGUUUGCUAAGGGAUACAAAUCCAUGGGGCCCACAUUUCAUUUGAGAUUUGAUAAUGAAAGGUAAAGUUGUUAGACAAAUCCAUCAUAACUCCAUAAUAAAAAUCAAUUAAACAAACAACGUACUCUUCCAAACCAAUAAUGCAACAAAUCCAUCAUAAAUCCAAAGAUUUUUAAAACCCAAAACUCUCAUUUUCAAAUCCAAACAAGCAAACUACUAGGAAAAAAAGGAGUUCUAAACUGCUUAGCAGGCAAACAGGAAAGACAAAGAACAGAGUUUCAUGAAAUUUGUUUUCCCGUCUCGCUCUUCUUUUGAGUCAUUCAGCUACUGCAAGGCACUAGUUUCACUCAAUUCCUUCCCUGCAACCUUUCCUUCUUUUGGUAAAUAUGCAUCCUCUGAUAGCUGCUCCUCCUCCCACCCUUUCACAAAGUUUUGAAGGUACUCUCUUGAGACACUGGUCAGUCUUUCCAGCUUCAAACGAAACUCCUCAAGACGGCAUGCCCUUUCAUAUCCACGGACAAUGGAAACGAUCUGCUUCAGUUCCCUCUCUGCACAGUCCUGCAGCUGCUCCAAGCCAUACUCGGCCAGACCUUACUGGUGUUCGAACAAGUCUCUCCUCCUCUCGUCAUCCUUCUGUAUGAAGAAUCCAUAAGUGUAGCUCCAUUUAAGAACCCGCCUGAACUCAACUAUCUGAACUCAAAUAACAUUGAGCUCAUACAUCGUAAUAGCGAAACCCUCACAACUUCCAGUCCUUGAUAAUUUGAUUCAAGUCACAUCAAACGGGUAGUUAAAGCAUCUUGGGCUUUUUCUCGCAAACCCCAGAAUCUCUUCGGGGCUGUUAUUUCGGCCCGUGGUGGUCUGAAGCCUUGGCCCAAUAGUACUGCACACCAAAAUGGUUGAGAACGGCGGUUGUCGUCAAGUUCCCUCCGAACGUUCAAAACCCCCCUUCUUCUCCAUCAAUGGCUUUCCCUCUCAAAAUUCAAACCCCACUCCACCGAAAUUUGAAUCUUUACACACACAAAACAACAAACCCACCACAACGCUCACCAGGAAAACGCUUCGGUAAUCUCCAUUUCCCAGUGAAGUAAACAGAGCUCCUCGGUCAGUCAAAUGAGAGAAUCAAGAUCGAACCUUUCAAAGAAUGGAAACGAUUUCAAUGCUCCUUCCAUAACCAGCAGCCAAGAAAAUCUUCAAUAAAAAAUCGAAUCUCCAACCCCCAUUUUCCUUCUUCUCUCCGCCGGUUUCCUUACGAUGGAAGAAGACCCCGCCGAGUCCUCCUCAGGCGGGCCUCCGCUGGUCUCCCUCUCCUCAUUUCCUCCGGCCCGCCGCCGGCGCCGCCUCUCGUCGUGCUACUACAACUUCGCCCCCGUCGCCUCGUGUGGGACCAUGGCGUGGCUGUCGCUCCAGGGACGGACGGUGAAUGCGGAGGAAGCCAGCUCGUCGAAAUCCAUUGGUUUUUUGGGGAAGGAGGAGGAAGCCCUGGCGUGGGAGCUGUUCACGCCGAUCCAGAGGUUUCUCAUUGUGGCCGUGAUCGGAGUCGCUGCUUCCGAGUCGAGGAAGAAUCGGACCAUCUCGCAGCUUAACAAGUCUGUUGAGCUUAGGGAUGAGUUGCUGUCGAGUAUGCAGCAGAAGCUGGACAGUCUGUGUUUGCAAAUGUCUAGCAUAAACGUGCAAGGAAACAACAAGGAUGAUGAGGAAGAAGAAUUUCUGAGCAGUAUGGGUUUCGUCGAUUGCGGCUGCUGGCAUUGUGAUCAACACCAGCAAGACCUCUUUGGUGGUGGUACCAUGGGCCUGAAGGGCGCGAAAGCUUGUGGAGGGGAUGCGGCGAUGGCCUUGAAAAGGCCUUCGUCAAAUCAGGACGAGCAAGAAGAGAGACGAAUGUCUGAUUUGUCUGAUUGGGCGUCCAGUUCUGCAUCUGGAUCAGAAUUUCAGAUCAGCAACUUUAUGGUAGACCAAGAUACUUGCAAUCUCAAGAAGAUCUGUGAAGAGAAGGAUGCAACCAUCAAGGAGUUAACAGAUGUUCUUCAGUUAACAGACAAAGCAGGUGCAAAGAGAAUAUCAGAACUGGAAGACAUUAUAUGUAGGAAGAAUACCAUGAUCACCAGACUCAAGAAGGACAUGUUGGUACUAGAACAGAAGGUGGUUCAGCUGACAAGGGUCCGCAGGAAAUCAACCUCUCAUUCAACCGUGGAGUUCGAACAAUCAUCCCCUUUCAUGUUGGACAACAUAGUCUACGACAUGGACAGCUUAACCAGCUCCUCUUCCUCUUCUUCCUCCUCCUCGGAUUCGGAUUCACCAACAACCCACCGCAUCAUUCCUCCUCCACAGACGACAUGCCAGAAACCAGCUGCAGGAAGGGUUUCAACAAGCACUCCACCAGCCAUGACCAGAUCAGUAAGCCCUCUCAUUGAACUGUCAAUGAAUCAAAAAUAUGGCAGACCUUCUCCAUCAAAGUCAAAGCAGUUGUCUGCUAAUGGUGAUAUCAAGAAGACGAGGAGAAGAAGGCCACCACCUCAAUCUGCUUCCAAUUCCAUUCCGAAGAAGAGAUGGUCCUAGUUGGUAAAAACUAUGGUUGUUUGUUCUAGUUGAAGUAGAUUCAGCUCAGUGAAAACAUUUGAGUUGAUGUCAGUUAAUAAUCCAUUGGCAAUAUCAUAACUGUUACUGAUCUUAAUGAAAGUGUUUUGGAGUAGCGGCUGGUAUGAAUUUCCAUUUACCUCCCUUUGACUGAUUGGCGACUCCCUGGUCUAUCGGUCAUCCAAGGGUCCAACGACGACGUUUUUGGUACCGCCCGUGUAGACUCCCAACAACAUUGGCCGCUGCUUCUGUGUAUGGCGGCAUUCCCUUUUAGUCAACCGUACCAUAGAUUAUUAGCCCCAAUGUUUGAAUAUUCUAAUUGAAUGUUGCAUUUUUACCCUAAUUAAUUGCUUAUAGAGUU